AGGUUCCCGGAGAGAUGCCUGACUGGUUGCGGUAUUUGGGCUUCACUGCUAGUCUGCCAUUUGCAUUGGCUGCAAGCUUUUUGUCUAUGAUCUUCACCGUGGUCGGCUUGACCAUCAUGUUCAUCUUGUGGACACUUUCUUUAUGCACUUCCUGCAGUUCCUGUUGUUGCCAAUAUGAAAAAAUGAGGGAGGUGGUGAAGACACUCGACAUGGUUCACUUCUACAUUAUCGGCUGGUGUACUUGCGAUCCAUCGUGGUCAUCCAAAACAGUUACUGAAUACAAUCCAAACUAUCAGCUUCAUCAUCAGCCCCCUCCUACAGAUUUUGUUAUCGCAAUACCUCGGCCACCACCUCCGCAGCUCAUCAGCUCCAGGAAUCUACUAUCACCUUCUUCUCUUACAACUACUCCAGGUUUAUCCAAGAGAAGCUUCACAUAUGAAGAGUUGGCAAUCUCUACGAAUAACUUCUCUAUGAAUAAUGUGUUGGGCGAAGGAGGCUUUUCCUUAGUGUACAAAGGGACACUAACCAAUGGCAGAGAAGUUGCAAUCAAGCGUUUGAAAGAUACUCACCGGCAGCCAGAUCUUGAGUUCAUGAAAGAGGUAGAUAUAUUAAGUCUAGUGCACCAUAGGCAUCUCGUUUCGCUCAUUGGAUUCUACGUCUCGGAGCUAAUAUGCCUACUUGUUUGCGAAUAUGUUCCUAACAAAACAUUGGAGUUCCAUUUGCACGGUAGAAAUGGAUCUACUUUGGCUUGGAGACACAGAUUCAGAAUUUCCUUGGACUCAGCAAAAGGCCUUGAAUAUUUGCAUGAAGAUUGCAAUCCAAGGGUGAUUCAUCGCGAUAUUAAAUCUGCCAAUAUUCUUCUGGAUCAUCAGUUUAGAGCCAAGAUUGCAGAUUUUGGGAUUGCAAAGCAUGUUUCAGAUGAGACAACUCAUAUCUCAACUGUUGUGAAGGGAACUUAUGGUUACCUCGCUCCGGAGUAUGCUUCUACUGGAAAACUUACUGAUAAAUCUGAUGUUUACUCUUACGGGGUGUUGCUUGUGGAGCUGAUCACUGGACGAAAACCUCUAGGUUUGGCUGAUUGGGCGAGGCCCUUGCUACAGAAAGCAAUGGAAGAUGCAAUAUACGAUGCCCUUAUCGAUCCAUUCUUAGACAACGACUACGAUCCUGUUGAGGCAGGGAGAAUGGUGGCCUGCGCCGCUGCUUGUUUGUGCCAUGCUGCAGCUCUCCGACCAAGCAUGAGUCAAAUUUGUAGGGCAUUGGAAGGAUGCAUUUCAUUUGGAGAUCAGAAAAGUGUUCAAUCUCCACCAGGUUCAUCAUCUGCCAAUACUUUAUUCCAAUCAGUUCUAACUCCAUGAACAACAAAUCCUUAAAAACUCCAUGUGAAGAAACCAUUGAGAUUUAAGUUGCAACCAAUUCAGAGAUGCUGUGUGAUUAUUAAUAUUCAUCAAGUUUUGUUAAUAUUUGUUCUAUAAUUUCUAGGCUCAAGCGUUAUUUCAAAGUCAAGACAGGGAUUUUGGAUAAUUCUAAGUGUGAUUAAUUGAAAUAUAU